AUGUCUGCACCACGACUAAUCCAACGCCUGCUGCGCCCAGCAGGCUCACCCCUUUCUCUCACGACGACAAUCGCCCGUCGUCCCUUCGGCAGCUCGGCUGUCCGCUCAAAGGAUGCCAAUGGCAAUGGCAUGGAUCGCGCGCCCUCGACGGCCCCAGCGCACCGCGAGAACCAGACAUCCAAGCCCCCGAAUCCCGCCGUGCCGAACACAACCUCUACUAUGACCAAUGACUUCCCCAGCGUUGGCGCCAGAACGCCGCCUCCGGAGCUCUUGAACUCGGUCGACCCGAACUACAAGCCCGCGGAUUCGUACGCUGGCAAGGUUGAGCAUUUCACCGGCGGCAGGGAGCAGCCCGGUACGCAGAAGCCGGAGCUCGCUGUGGGCGAGAUGGAGGGGAUCACGUUCAAGGUUGAGCCGCUCCGGCGGACGGGCGAGGACCCGGCUACGAUGCGGGCUCGGUUGCUGUACCAGAGCAGAAAGCGAGGAAUCCUUGAAUCGGACCUGCUCCUGUCUACCUUUGCCGACGUCUAUCUGGCCGAUAUGACGCCCGAGGAGCUCCAGCAGUAUGACCGGUUCCUCGACGAGAACGAUUGGGAUAUCUACUACUGGGCCACGCAGGAUGCCCCCGACUCAUCGGCCGCGGCCAACGCGCCUGCGCAGGAUACGGUCACGGAAACGUGGAAGCGCACUGGCGAGAAGAGCGGCGAAUGGAGACAAACGCACGGAGCUUACAAGGCUGCGUAUCGGCCUGUCCCCUCGCGGUGGGCCGAGUCGGAGGUCCUCACGCUCCUGAGACAGCAUGUGCGCGAUAAGAGCGCCAAGGGAUUUCAUGCUGCGAAGAACAAGAAGACGGCUGGCGGUGGUUUGGGACGGAUGCCCAAUAUCCAGAUCUUUAACAAAUAG